GCAAUAAAAGGCAACAGCGUAUUUUCCGGCAACUCGAAAGACGUGCGAGAAGUAGGUAGUGUGUGCUAAACGCCAAUUUAUAAAAAAAAUUGACGCAAUGACUGAUCAAAAAUUACCGCCCCCGGUAAUGUGGGCUCAAAACGCAAACGUAAUAUUCUUAACAAUAAAUUUGGAGGACGUCAGAGACCCGGAUAUUAAAUUUACGAAAGACACAGUUUAUUUCCAUGGUACGGGCGGUCUUGAAAAGAAAGAAUAUGAAGUGACUAUCAACCUCUACAAUGAAAUAGAUCCUGAUAAAAGUAAAAGUUUCAAUCGUGAGCGGUGCAUUGAAAUGAUUUUGACCAAAGCCGGUAAUAAAAAACCAUACUGGCCCGCCCUCACACAAGACAAAAAGAAGUACCAUUGGUUGAAAUGUGACUUUAACAAGUGGCAUGACGAAGAUGAUUCGGGAGAUGAAGGCCUCGGUGGUAUGGGAGGUGGUGGCGAUUUUGAAGAGAUGAUGAGACAGAUGGGUGGACUUGAUGGAGGCGGCGGGAAGCCAAAUUUUGAUGACUUGGAUGGCGAUGAGGGUGGAGAUUCGGAUGAUGAACCAAUUCCCGACUUAGAAUAGUUGUUAUAGAACAAGAUAAUGUACGAUUUUGUAUACUUUUUCUCCACUUAUGUUAAGUUAUUUAAAUAAAAAUAAUAAAAUGA